ACUAGCUUCCCUCCAAUUGUAUGUGCCUGGAAUUUUGCAUUUAGUACUGGAAAGCUGCACAACCACAUGGUCAGUGCACUCGGCGUCUUUAGGGCUAUCUGAAGCUAACCGUUGUGGACAGGAUGUUUUAUAACCGAGUUCGUUGACUGCUGCUGAAACCUGGUAGUGAUGCAGGAUAGAGUUGAGGUCGCCAACAGCACUUCUCCCAAGAUCCCUCCCCACCUUAAGACAGCUUUGCUGACCACCAGCCAGCCAACCCCAGUCAAAGCAGUUGGCAGAGCCAAACAAGCGAUGGUGACAGCACAGCCCCCCGGCAACUUUAGCUCAUCUGAAGCAGCUGGCAAAUCCUGCUGGAGUUUGGAUGCCAGAGUGGUGAUGCUUCUAGUGACUCUAGCUGGAGCCGUCAUCUUGAUGCUUUUGUACAGACUCUUACAAACUCGACAUAGGCUGAGAAUGGCAAGUGCAAGACAUGCUCUGGAGUAUUACAGUUUCUACCAUACAGGCACCUACACCUUCAAACACCCAUCAUCAUAUGUGAAGCUGUCCAAUGGCAACAUACCGCACACUAUUCCACCUGUGCAAACUGUCGCCAUAGCAACACCUGUCACCACCAGCCCACUGCCACCCCUUCCAGUGUGUCCUCCAGCCUCAAUGCCACUGCCCCCAGCACCUGGCCAUGCUGCAGUACCUUCCAUCCAGAAGACGCUCCCUCCACUGACUCCUCCUUUGAGGCACACCGCCGCACCGAGCCCCCACCUAUCAUGGGGUGCCUGCUCAGACGUGGAUGUGUACUCUCGUAUUGGAGCUUACAGGCCCUCCAGCCUAUCCAGCCAUUCAAAGGUCAUCCUUUUCGAACACUCGUCUCUCUGACCUGAGCAUAUUAUGAAGUCUGAUUUCCUUCUUUUUCUUCAUAUUAAACAAUAGUUGCUUCAAGUAAUUAAAUUACUGUAUUACUCUCUCUGAAGUGUAUUAUGAUCAAACAGUGGCUCUUUAUAGCCACAGAAGACAAAAUCCUGUGGGGGAAAAAAAAAUAAUGCUUGCUAUUCUACUCAAACUUUGAAGUGGAUGUAUUUGGACAUGUUUACAUUAUGCAUGUGUGCUUUAGUGUCUUCCUUUUUUAAACACUUAAGUUUUUGUGUAACUAAUAUUUGAGUGCGCAAAUAAAAAUUUGCCCUU